AACCGGAUGGGGAUGCUCUAAUACCACCAACGGGUAAGGUAAUCACUACUCACCCAAAACCCCAUUAAAACCUCCCUUCUUCGAGAGGGAUCUGAUUCAACCGAUUCGACUCUUUCUAUAUCAGCGCCAUGAGAAGAGCUUCUACUCUUGCAUCAUCCGUCCUCUCCCGAACCCUCGCUACCACCCACGGUGGCGUCAAUUCAGCCGCUGUGAACCACCGGCUCCUCCAGGUGGCGCUCUUCGGCAGCACGGGUGGUUCGUACGCCCGUGGUAGGUGGUUUAAUUCCUUCACUGGCUCUACGGCGCGAUCCGUGUCUGUCGGUGUUGCUGGUGCGUUGCUCUCAGUAGCCGCAGCGGCCACGUCACUCUCCCAGGAGGUCCACGCGAAGGAGCCACCGCCGGCUGAGCUCGUCCCGAAGGACGUCAUUCUUUAUCAAUACGAAGCUUGCCCCUUCUGCAACAAAGUUAGAGCCUUUCUAGACUACUAUGACAUACCAUACAAAGUUGUGGAAGUCAACCCAAUUAGUAAGAAAGAAAUCAAAUGGUCUGACUAUAAAAAGGUGCCUAUAUUGAUGGUAGAUGGGGAACCGCUGACUGACUCAUCAGAUAUCAUUGACAAGCUGGGUCAUAGGAUUCAUCCCCAAAAAAGGGCGGUGUCAGACAUGGAUGAUGAUGAAGAGACAAAGUGGCGCCGGUGGGUUGACAGUCACUUGGUGCAUAUAUUAUCGCCAAACAUAUAUCGAAAUACUUCUGAGGCACUUGAAUCCUUUGACUACAUCACAAGCAAUGGUAAUUUUGGCUUCACAGAAAGAAUCACAGCGAAGUAUGCUGGAGCUGCUGCUAUGUAUUUUGUGUCCAAGAAAUUGAAAAAGAAAUAUAACAUCACUGAUGAACGUGCAGCCCUCUAUGAAGCUGCAGAAACAUGGGUGGAUGCUCUAAAUGGCAGGGAUUUCCUUGGGGGCUUCAAGCCUAAUUUAGCUGACCUUGCCGUCUUUGGGGUGUUAAGACCCAUCCGUAACUUGAGGUCUGGUAAAGAUAUGGUGGAGCACACUCGUAUUGGAGAUUGGUACUCAAGAAUGGAGAGUUCUGUUGGAGAGUCUCGGAGGAUUAAAGUAUAAACUGCUGAUCAAUUGGUCUCUGCCUUUCUCAGGCUUGCAGGCUCUCUCACUACCUGGGUAUAUUUAAUACACAAAAACUGAAAGAUUUUAGAAGAAACACUCUUGGUCCUUUGCAACUAGAAGGUUUUGCUUUCUUGUGGUAAACGAUUCUUAUAAGCCAAUUUUUGCCCUUACUAUUGAUUGUUUGGCAACUGAAAUGAUAUUUAUUACCGACAAGAAAUAAAGGAAUUGUGGUUUGCAAUA